AUGGACGUCGCUCCCGGAGGCUCGAACCGACAUAUGCCGAAUCGCGGGCCGGCCGUCUUCGCCGUCACAACCGCCACCCUGAUCCUUGCUUCCGUCUUCGUUGGCGCCCGCAUCUUCUGUCGCCACUUCAUCGUCCGCAAUCUCUCCUGGGAUGACAAGGUCAUGAUCCUAGCUUGGCUUAUUGCCUUCUUUCUCUCCUUCACAAUCGACCUCGGCACCGUCAACGGCCUGGGAAAGUACGAUGUAGACAUCUCCUCCCAAGAUCUGAGCACCUUGCGCCGCUGCGAAUAUGUCUUCUCCAUCCUAUAUAACCUCGCCCUCAUGGCCACCAAGACCAGCAUCUUGAUCUUCUAUCUGCGUCUCGCCAAGAAUACCCAGGUCGUGCUGCGCUACGCCUCGUGGGCUACCUUGGUCGUCGUUAACAUCUCGGGACUCGUCUUGACCUUCAUGAACGUCUUCCAAUGCAAUCCCAUCCCGGCCGCCUGGAUGUCCGAGUUCACCGAGAACUCGUCUUGCAUCCCACUCCUUACCGAGUUCAUAUGCGCCGCGCCCGUCAACAUUGUCACCGACCUCGCAGUCCUCGCCCUGCCCAUUCCGGUCCUCACCAGCAUGCGACUGCCCUCGCGGCAAAAGACCAUUAUUGUCCUGACAUUCACCCUCGGCAUCUUCGUCACCAUUGUCGAUGUUGUUCGCAUCUACUAUCUGCAGCGCGCCAUCUCCGAGGCCGACUUUGCCUGGAACGCCUCCCUUUCCCUCAUGUGGAGUGCUGUCGAGGUCAAUGUUGGAAUGGCCUGCGCCUGCGUCCCGACACUCAAGCCUCUCAUUUUGAAGCUCCUCCCCUCCAUGCUUGUCGCGACCCCGGCUGCCGCGGCCGUGGCAUCGGGAUCGAUACAUCCCAGCAGCCCGGGCGACGAGGGGCCGGUGAGCGUCUUGGACUUCUUGACCACACCAGACAUGACGUCCCUCGGCAAUGGCCCUCCAUCCCCUAGUCCCGAUCCUGCGACUCGCGCGCGCACAAACGGCACCGCGUCGACUACAGCCACCGCCGAGAAUGGUGUCUAUUUCGGCUUUGUCAAUCUGACCAAGCCGAAAAGCAUGCUCAAGGCCAAUGGUACGGAGUCUUUGAAGUACUGCACCAUUGUUUCCAUCCUCUUCUUCCUCUGGGGCCUGUCGUACGGCCUCCUCAACACCCUCAACAACGCGGUUGCUGCCGUGAACGAAAUCACCCCCCCCCAGACUCUUGGUCUGACGAGCGCUUACUUUGGAGGUGGCUACUUCUUUGGACCACUGCUCGUGGGCGAAUGGAUCCUGCGUCGAGAUGAGCACAACCGCACCAAGCGCCACGGCAAAAACGGCGCCGAGAGCGUGGGUGGAUUUAAGGUAACCUUUAUCGUCGGUCUCUGCAUCUACGGCAUGGGCACUAUCAUUUUCUGGCCGUCGGCCGUAACAAACUCGUACGGCGGAUUUAUGCUGAGCAACUUUGUCGUCGGCUUCGGGCUCUCGGUGCUCGAAGUCGGCGCCAACGCCUUCAUGAUUCUUUGCGGCCCGCCAGAGUACGGCGAGACGCGCCUACUUCUGGCCCAGGGCGUCCAGGGCAUCGGAAGCGUCAUCAGUGGCGUACUGGCGGAGAAGGUGUUCUUCAAGGGAAUCGCGCAGGACAACAUGUCGAACAGCAUGACGCUCAUCAAUGUGCAAUGGACAUAUCUCGGCAUCACCUUGCUAUGCGUCGUCCUCGGCCUCUUCUUCUAUUACAUGCCCCUGCCAGAGGUCUGCGACAGCGAGCUGGAGCGGUCGGCAAGCCAUCUGCCGGUCGACCCUCAAAAGCGAAGCAUCGGUGGUCUCCAGCUGCGGACCGUGAGCUUGGCGCUGGCUGUCUUUGCGCAGUACACCUACGUGGGCGGCGGCGAGCCCGCCUACGACCCAGACAAGCCACCAGGCGUCGGUCUUUCGAUUCCGGAUUACCUGCUCCCCCGAACCUAUCUCACCAUCAGCGUUGUCCUGGCCUUUAUAUGCGCCCUUCUCCCUGUCGUGCUUCGCCCUCCCAACCCCACUUUACUCGUCAUCCCCGUGACGCUCAUAUUCUUUGCUGAGGGACCCAUCUGGCCGCUGAUCUUCGCAAUCGGCCUGCGCGGCCAAGGCCGAAGGACGAAGCGUGCCGCCGCUUUCAUCACCAUGGGCGGAUCCGGACCGGCCUUCUUCCCGUUUAUUAUGUACGGCAUCAUCACCACUGGUGGUUCCGUGCAAAUAGCCUUCAUCGUCGUCAUCGCCCUCCAGGUUGCCUUGAUUGUCCACCCCUUGUUCUUGGAGCUCUGUGGGGAUGCAAGGCGACUCGUCGACCCCUGUCCGGACCUGCGUUACGCCUUGCGAAACGACGACGCAUCAGCGGACGAGGUCGUGGCUGCUAGGCACACGGAUAGCAGGAGCACCAGGGAGAGGGCGAGCGAUUUCUUCCACAAAGCAUCGAAGGGGUUUGAGACGAAACUCGCCACCGGCCUGCGCAAAGCGUCUGAUGCGGAGCACAGCGAAGGCAGCGCCGGGAGCUCGCCACGAACGACAUGA